GCGGCGGCGGCUGCGGGGCCAGGGCCGGGGCCUGGGCCGGGGCCGGGGCGGGGGCGUGGGCGGGCGACGUGGGGGUGGCAUGAGGGUCGGCGGCCCGGGGGGCUGAGGCGCCCGCCGCCUGCCGCGGGGCCGCGCGCGUCCUCCAUGGAGGCCGGAGAGGAACCGCUGCUGCUGGCCGAGCUCAAGCCGGGGCGCCCCCAGCAGUUCGAUUGGAAGUCCAGCUGUGAGACCUGGAGUGUCGCCUUCUCUCCGGACGGCUCCUGGUUCGCUUGGUCUCAAGGACACUGCAUCGUCAAGCUGAUCCCCUGGCCGCUGGAGGAGCAGUUCAUCCCUAAAGGGUUUGAAGCCAAAAGCCGAAGCAGCAAAAAUGAUACAAAAGGGCGAGGCAGCCCGAAGGAGAAGACUCUGGAUUGUGGGCAAAUUGUCUGGGGUUUGGCCUUUAGCCCGUGGUCUUCUCCACCCAGCAGGAAGCUCUGGGCACGCCACCAUCCCCAAGUGCCAGAUAUCUCUUGCCUGAUCCUUGCUACGGGACUCAAUGAUGGGCAGAUCAAGAUUUGGGAGGUACAGACAGGGCUCCUGCUUUUGAAUCUUUCCGGCCACCAAGAUGUCGUGAGAGAUCUGAGCUUCACACCCAGUGGCAGUUUGAUUUUGGUCUCGGCAUCUCGGGAUAAGACUCUUCGCAUCUGGGACCUGAAUAAACAUGGUAAACAGAUCCAGGUGCUCUCGGGCCACCUGCAGUGGGUGUACUGCUGCUCCAUCUCCCCGGACUGCAGCAUGCUGUGCUCUGCUGCUGGAGAGAAGUCGGUGUUUCUGUGGAGCAUGCGGUCCUACACAUUAAUCCGGAAGCUAGAAGGCCACCAAAGCAGUGUUGUCUCUUGUGACUUCUCCCCCGACUCUGCCUUGCUCGUCACGGCCUCUUACGACACCAACGUGAUCAUGUGGGACCCCUAUACUGGCGAGAGGCUGAGGUUACUCCACCACACCCAGCUUGACCCCCCAAUGGAUGACAGUGAUGUGCACAUCAGCUCCCUGAGAUCUGUGUGCUUCUCUCCCGAAGGCCUGUACCUCGCCACGGUGGCAGAUGACAGACUCCUCAGGAUCUGGGCCCUGGAACUGAAAACUCCAAUUGCAUUUGCUCCUAUGACCAAUGGUCUUUGCUGCACAUUUUUUCCACAUGGUGGAGUUAUCGCCACAGGGACAAGGGAUGGCCAUGUCCAGUUCUGGACGGCUCCUCGGGUCCUGUCCUCACUGAAGCACUUAUGCCGGAAAGCCCUUCGAAGUUUCCUGACCACCUACCAAGUGCUAGCACUGCCGAUCCCCAAGAAAAUGAAAGAGUUCCUCACAUACAGGACUUUUUAAGCCAUGCGCCAUAGUCUUGUUUUCUAGUAGCAGGAUCAAGCUUCCUGGCAGAGGAGCAGCUGGAACAAUGGGCCAAAUGGCUGGUCUUGGAUUGAAAUAGAAUUUCUCUUUGACUUGGUGACCAGAGUAGAGCAAAAGCAGCUUCCGGUGGACCAGUCAUCCAGGUUUUUCUGCGUGACCUGUGGCAGUCAGUCAGUGGGGGGGAUCCCAGCUCCAUGGUGGCAGAGCCUAACCCCAGAUCCUCGGCCCACUUAGAAACGGCUGCGCCAAACACUUUCUAAAAUCCUUUCGACCCAGAGUGCAUGACUCAUGUUGAUUUGAUAAGCAGAGUAACCAGGCCUCGAGAGCCUCUCUGUUGGGUGGAUCAUUCCCUUGACUGGCAAGUGGGCAAGUGUUGGCUUCUGCCUGGUACUUGUCACUGUCGUGUUUCAGAUGCGGUGGUGACAUUGUUGAAAGUUCUCUCCCGCUGUGUCAGAGUGGCUUUGCUGGUGGCAAGUGCUUUCCUUCCUCGAGCUCCCCUCUGACCAGCAGGACCAGGUUUUCAUGGAGCCGUCCGCCGUGAGGUAUUCGCUAAGUUACAGGUGACUCAGAGGCUGUGCUCCUGACUGAUACACUAUAAAUGGCUUUUUUUUUUUUUUUGGAUAAGCAGUGGUGUGCAUGUGCAGGAGAUGACAAACACGUGUGUCCGGUUACACAAGGACGUAUUCCUCAACUGCAUGACUGUCCAAAAUGGCGACUGAGUUGUCGGUGGUUUGCUGGUGAUAGCCUAUUUAUUUGUAUUUUCUCAACAGAUGUUAAGGUACAACUGUGUUUUCCUCCCUGGUAUCUAAAAACCAUAGUUCUUAAGUCGAACGGUUGUGAAGAUGUCUCUUCUUCGUGGCGUAGAGAAUUGGUGUUGUCGCCCCUUUGGCCGACUGUCGAGUCUGAGGUCUGACUUUGCUGCUUUGCCUCAUUGGACAAGUCAGCCCGUUUCACCUCUUCCCCCUUAACAAAAAUAGCUCCUUGAAAGUACUGUUCUCCUUCAGCGGCGUGUAGUUCUCUGAUCAAGACACCUCAUUGCAAUGAAAUCUGCCUUUGGAAAAUUUAAUAUAUUUUAAAUUAUUUUAAAAGAAAUGCAA